UUUCCGGUUUAUUUUAUUCAACAUUUGUUUUCCGUUUUUUCACAAAUAUUUGAGGUAGGUUUUUGGUUUUUCUAAAUUUCCAGAGGAACUUGAACUGGGGUUUGGUAUCGACGAAAAAGUUUCAAAAUUUGAGCAAGUUUUGAGGUACUUAUUUAUUCUAUGAAUAAUAGUGGUUAUUAGUUAUUGAAAUUGCAAAUUAGAGUACUUUUGGUUAAGAGAAUGUUGGGUAUGAUUUGAUUCAAUGUAAACAAAGAUAUUGGUGAAUUGGAAGUAGUGGUUAUGGUUCUGAGCUGUAAUACCUUUUUGGGGUUUCUUUGUAUUGCUUAGUGAAGUGUAUUUCAAAAUAGGAAAGUGUUCCACUUUCACACAUUUUUCUUUCUUUCUUUCUUUUUUGUUUGGUUGAACCCAAGUUUUGCUUAAAAUGGAUGACAUUGAGGAUGAUGCAAGGUAUCCGCCAAACCCCUAUGGUGGCAGUCAGCAGCAGGUUUAUGAUUCAUCACAUCGCCAAAAGCUCCCCGUUCGGGGUGUGCCCUAUUCUGGGGAAGUUGGCAGUCAAUAUGUCGAUUACGAGGAAGAAGACGAUGUGGAUGAUGAAGACGAUGAAACUGAAUUAGGAGAAGAAGAAGGAAACAAUAAUCAAAACAAUAGCAUUGUUCGGUAUGUGGGAAAAGAUGUGGAUGAAUAUGACAAUGAUGAUAAGGACAUUGAUGAUUAUGAUGAUAAUGAUGAUGAGUAUAAUGCAGAUGAAGAUGGUGUUAAGCAAAAAAAUUUGACUUGGAAGCCAGAUGAUGUUGAUUUAGGAAGGCACCCAAAAAAGAGAAAGUUGAAGAGUUUGGUUUCAAGUUAUGAAUUUGCUCCUCGAGUGCCAGCUCCCACUGUGGCUCCUCCUGCAUCGAGACCGUCAAGUGGAGGGCGCAAUUCACUUACAGAUUGGAAUGAGCAGGAGACAUUUGUUUUGUUAGAUGCUUGGGGUGACCGGUUUCUACAGCGUGGGAGGAAGAGCCUUCGAUCUGAAGAAUGGCAAGAAGUUGCUGAGAAGGUAUCUGAGGUGUCGAAGAUUGAAAGGACAGACACUCAAUGUAGGAAUCGUUUGGAUACAUUGAAGAAAAAAUACAAGAAGGAGAAGCUUCGGAUGGCAGAGACAAGUGAAACCAGUAGCAAAUGGGUUUAUUUCAAGAAAAUGGAUAUGUUAAUGUCUUCGCCUCAGCAGCAAGGUGGACUGUCUUGUGGAUUGGACUCAGGAGAGUAUGUCUUUAUGAACCCCAAGGUUUAUUUGAGCCGUGCUAAUGGUUUGGAUGAGAUGAGAGAUAGUCCUGCAAAUUCAGAAUCUACAAAUGGCGAGGAGAAUGAUUCAGAUGGACUUCCUCCCAAGAAAAGAACUGGAAGGCAACCUAAUGAUAGGUGUUCGAUUAGAUUGCUUGCGGAUUCUAUUCAUAAAUUUAGUGAGAUAUAUGAGAAGACUGAGAAUACUAAGAGACAACAAAUGCUAGAACUAGAAAAAAUGAGGAUGGAUUUCCAGAGGGACUUGGAAUUGCAGAAGAGGCAGAUUAUGGAGAGAGCACAAGCUGAGAUUGCAAAAAUACGACAAGGUGUUGAUGAUGAGAAUGAUGUCUCUGCUGAGAAUGCCAGUGGGUAACCCAUCUAGAACUGGUCACCUAUCUGUAGUGUUAAUUAAUUAGCAUAAUUAAUGCUCGCAGCUAUUGUGAAAUGUUGGGUGCCUUCUCCCACGUCUGCUUUAAAAUUGUGAGGCAAUAAUAAUGCUGGAAUGUUGUAGCAGUUAUACAUGAAAUAUCUAAAUUUAGAGAGGAUGAACUAUAUCCUCACUAUCGUUGAUUCCUCUUUUUCUCACAAUGCUUCUAGUUGACAUGUAUCCAUUGUUUUGCUAUUAAUCUAUUAUACAUUGUUUGUUGUA